AUGGGUGGCUUCCUCUCGGCCUCCCCUCUCUGCCUCCUCUGUGCAUCCUCUUGGUCCCUCUCGGCCCCUCUCCGCCUCCUCUCUGCCUCCUCUCUCGACCUCCUCUCGGCCCCUCUCGGCCUCCUCUCUGCCUCCUCUCUGCCUCCUCUCUGCCUCCUCUCUCGACCUCCUCUCGGCCCCUCUCAGCCUCCUCUCUGCCUCCUCUCUGCCUCCUCUCUCGACCUCCUCUCGGCCCCUCUCGGCCUCCCCUCUCAGCCUCCUCUCUGCCUCCUCUCUGCCUCCUCUCUCGCCCCCUCUCUGCCUCCUCUCUGCCUCCUCUCGGUCUCCCCUCUCGCCCCCUCUCUGCCUCCUCUCAGCCUCAUCUCUGCCUCCUCUCGGCCCCUCUCUGCCUCCUCUCGGCCCCUCUCUGCCUCCUCUCGGCCUCCUCUCGGACCCUCUCGGCCUCCUCUCGGCCUCCUCUCUGCCGCCUCUCUGCCCCCUCUCUGCCCCCUCUCUGCCCCCUCUCUGCCCCCUCUCUGCCCCUCUCUGCCCCUCUCUCUCUGCCUCCUCUCUGCCUCCUCUCUGCCUCCUCUCGGCCCCUCUCUGCCUCCUCUCGGCCUCCUCUCGGCCUCCUUUCGGCCUCCUCUCGGCCUCCUCUCGGCCUCCUCUCGGCCUCCUCUCGGCCCCCUCUCGACCUCCUCUCGGCCUCCUCUCGGCCUCCUCUCGGCCUCCUCUCGGCCUCCUCUCGGCCCCUCUCUGCCUCCUCUCGGCCUCCUCUCGGCCUCCUCUCGGCCUCCUCUCGGCCUCCUCUCGGCCUCCUCUCGGCCUCCUCUCGGCCUCCUCUCGGCCUCCUCUCGGCCUCCUCUCGGCCCCCUCUCGGCCUCCUCUCGGCCUCCUCUCGGCCUCCUCUCGGCCUCCUCUCGGCCACCUCUCUGCGCCCUCUCUGCCCCCUCUCUGCCCCCUCUCUGCCUCCUCUCUGCCUCCUCUCGGCCUCCUCUCGGCCCCCCCUCACGGCCCCCCCUUGGCCCCCCCGUGACCCCUCUUCGGCGGGGCUACGGCGGUGCACGCGAUGGCGAGCCCGGCCUGUGGCCCCAGAUGGCGGUGGAGGUUGUGGGUUUGAAGCUGCUGUUGUUAUGCCUGCCGGCCUCCCGCGCCGUAAUGAAAGCAAAACACUUGGAAAUUCCCACAUUAUUAAAUACAACAUGUGGAGGCUGCAGGCGGGACUCUGUCACGCUAUGGCCCAGAUCAGCACGGUUUGAUGAUCUGACAUGA